GAUAAAUAAAUCUCGCAUCCAACUUCUCUCAUAUCCUUCAAAAUCGUUUCUUCUCUCUCUCAAUCGCAAAAUUAGGGUUAGGGUUUUCAUUUCCCCCCCCCCCUCUUGCGAACUUUCUCUCAUCUCUUCGUAGCCGCCGCACACAUCGACGAUGACAGGCAAAGCGAAGCCAAAGAAGCAUACGGCGAAGGAGCUACAAGCUAAGGCCGAUGCAGCGUUGACCAAUCGAGGCGGAGGUAAAGCUGGGCUCGCAGAUAGAACCGGUAAAGAGAAAGGUGGUCACGCCAAGUACGAGUGUCCUCACUGCAAGAUCACUGUACCGGAUCUGAAGACGAUGCAGAUCCAUCAUGAAUCGAGGCAUCCUAAGCUGACUUACGAAGAGCCCAGGAAUCUUCACGAGGCUUUAGCUGCUCCUGCUGAAUCUUCUAAGCCUAAGCCUGGUAUCAGAGGAAGCCUUAAGAAGUGAGCGAGAGAGAGAGAGAGAGCUUUGAUUAUGAUUUGUAUUAUCGAAUCCUUCUUAUUUGUUUGGGUCUUUCUUCUUUUUUUCUUCUUAAAGCUCUGUUUGAUGUGAGAAUAUAAACUGCGUUGAUGUUUGAUGCAUAUGCUUAUGUCUUCGUAUUUUUAUGUUAUGAUCAUAUAAAAAAAAAGUAACUUAUGAAAAUGGUUUGAAUCUAACUUAUUGCUUUCUCUU